AUGGGUUUUCUUUUUGAAUUGGGUGUAUCUAUUCGAGACCAGUUAGCAGAGAAUUCAUUUCAGUUGGCUACAAAGAGCCACCCAAUGGCAUCAAAAGUUGUUUGUUUGAGUCAAGAUCAGAACCUCAAUGUUCACUCUGAUGGAGUUUCUGUUGCGGGAAAACCAGCAUUGAAAUCAACAAAGAAAGGCGGAGUAGGUGGUAGGAAACCACUAGCGGACCUAUCCAAUAGGGGGAAGCCAGAUUUUACCAAGGCAACAAAAAAGCCUGCUCUCAACAAUUUUCCCAAAAUCAUUGCUGAUGCAAGCAAGAAGAAAGGCUCAUCUGAAACCUUGCUUCAGAAGACUUCUAAUGUUGUGUCAGAGGAAUCUUCUUGUGAGUAUGAGAAGGAAGGUUUCCUGCAUGACCAUGAGCAGUGCAUGAAAACAAUGAGAGAGGCUACCCAGUUGGAUGCAAUGGAUAUAUACUGGAUGCUAAAUGGACCAACUCCAUGCAAGAAGCUUGCAUCUCCACCAAAACCUUCUGAGCUAACCAAAUUUGAGGAUAGUCUAAUAAUGUACUUGAAAGAGAUACCUGAGGAUCAAUAUAUCUUGCUGCCUACCGCGAAGUACUCAGUCUCCUCACCUCCUUUGUCUCCACCUCCAUCACCAGAUUGGUAUACCAAUUUACGGAUUGGGGUGGACUGUGAUAUUCAGCAUAUGGAGGCGCGAAACUCACCUUCGUCGGAUUCAUAUGCCCUUCUCCUCCAAGCAUGCCUAAACAAGAGACACCCAUUUGCCGGAAAAACCAUCCACGCCCAGAUCAUCAAGUCAGGGCUUCACCUCGGUGUCUUCUUGAUGAACAACCUCAUCAACUACUAUAUCAAAACUGGGUCUUAUGUCGAUGCACACCACGUGUUCGAUGAAAUGCCUCUAAGAAACAGGUUCUCCUGGAACACCAUUCUCUCGAAUUAUACAAAGCAGGGAAGGCUUGAUGCGGCUUGUAGAGUUUUCAAUGCAAUGCCUGAGCGUGAUUCGGUUUCGUGGACUGCCAUGAUUGUGGGUUUCAAUCAGAUGGGUCGAUAUGGCGAUGCCAUCAACAUGUUUUUAGAGAUGGUUUUGGAUGGAGUUCCGGUGACCCAGUUCACUUUUACUAACAUUCUUUCGGCGUGCGCGUCGGUGAAGGGUUUGGAUAUUGGUAGGAAGGUGCAUUCGUUUGUUGUCAAGCUUGCUGUUGGUAGUUAUGUUUCGGUUGGGAACUGCCUUGUGAACAUGUAUGCCAAAUGCGGUGAUCCGGGGACUGCGAAGAUUGUGUUUGAGAGGAUGAGAUUGAAAAACGUGUCGAGUUGGAAUCAUAUGAUCUCAAUACAUAUGCAAUGUGGUCGUGCCGACCUUGCUCUUGCGCAGUUUAAUCAAAUGACAGAGCACGACAUUGUAUCUUGGAAUUCAAUGAUUGCUGGAUAUAAUCAGCAUGGGCUCCAUACAGAAGCAGUGAGUAUAUUCUCAAGUAUGCGCAAGGACUCUUUUCUAAAGCCUGAUAAGUUCACCUUGGCAAGCAUUUUGUCGGCUUGUGCUAGCCUUGAGAAGUUGGAACUUGGAAAACAAAUCCAUGCUCUUAUUGUAAGAGCUGGAUUGGACACGUCGGAAGUUGUAGUUAAUGCUUUGAUUUCAAUGUAUGCCAAGUCUGGUGGGUUGGAAAUUGCCGAGAAAGUUUUAGAGCAGUGCGGGACUUCAGAUCUCAAUCUUAUAGCUUUUACUGCCUUAUUGGAUGGAUACAUUAAGGUUGGGGAUGUUAACCCAGCCAGACAGAUAUUUGACUCAUUGAGAGACUGUGAUGUGGUAGCAUGGACCGCUAUGAUUGUUGGUUAUAUGCAGAAUGGGUUAAAUAAUGAUGCAUUGGAGCUCUUUAGGUCAAUGAUAGCAGAAGGCCCCAGGCCAAACAACUACACAUUAGCAGCGAUGUUGAGCGUCAGUUCAAGCUUGGCUUCUUUGGAUUAUGGAAAACAAAUUCAUGCAACUGCCAUACGAACAGGACAAGUGUCUUCAGUUUCUGUGGGCAAUGCUCUAAUUACGAUGUAUUCCAAAGCUGGAAGCAUCAGUGGUGCAAAGCAAGUGUUCAAUCUGAUUGACUGGAACAGAGAUACUGUUUCUUGGAGUUCAAUGAUAUUGGCCCUGGCUCAACAUGGUCUUGGGGAAGAAUCCAUUGAACUAUUUGAGAAGAUGUUGUCACUUGGUAUUAGGCCUGACCAUAUAACUUAUGUUGGGGUACUCUCUGCUUGUACACAUGUGGGAUUGGUCGAACAGGGCAGGAGCUACUAUAAUUUGAUGAGGAGCGUACACAAGAUUGAACCCACCCAUAGCCAUUAUGCAUGCAUGGUUGAUCUGCUUGGGCGUGCUGGGUUACUUCAAGAAGCAUACGACGUGAUACAAAAUAUGCCAAUUGAACCGGACAUUAUAGCAUGGGGUUCACUUUUAUCUGCUUGUAAGCUUCACAAAAAUGUGUAUUUGGCCAAAGUUGCAGCAGAAAAAUUGCUCCUUAUUGAACCAGACAACAGUGGGGCGUAUUCAGCCCUUGCUAAUUUGUAUUCAGCUUGUGGAAGAUGGGCAGAUGCUGCAGAAGUAAGAAAGUUAAUGAAGAAUAGGAAAGUGAAGAAAGGCCAAGGAUUUAGUUGGAUUGAGUAUCAGAACAAAGUGCAUGUGUUUGGGGUUGACGAUUGGGUUCAUCCACAGAGAAAUGGAAUCUAUAAGACGAUGGAGAAAAUCUGGGAAGAGAUUAAAAAUAUUGGUUUUGUCCCUGAUACUGAGUCGGUCUUGCAUGAUGUUGCAGAAGAAUUGAAGGAGAAGAUGCUUAUGCAUCACAGUGAGAAACUUGCAAUUGCAUUUGGGUUAAUAAAUACUCCAGAUAACAGUACACUGAGGAUCAUGAAGAACCUCAGAGUUUGUAAUGAUUGUCACACUGCCAUUAAAUUUAUAUCCAAGCUUGUGGGCAGAGAAAUCAUUCUGAGAGACACUACUCGCUUUCACCAUUUUAAGAAUGGGACGUGUUCUUGUCGGGACUAUUGGUAGGCUUACGGAUGAAGAUUUAAAGAUAAAUUUGAUGUUCAAGUGUACAAAGAUGGUUGUAUGUAGAGAAUGAUACUCCACUAGGCUGAUAUGCUGGCUGACUAGAUAGUUCUAUACGGUUCCUGGAAGCUGCUAAGAUGAUCAAAUUACAUUUGACGGUUCAUGUAUGUGUUCUCUGUUUUUUGCUUUAUGAUGGAUGCUCUUUGAGACAUUUAAUUUCCAAAGGAUUGAAGCAUGUUUGCCUGUUGACAACAGGACGGAGAAUCAAACUUUUCGCUAGUUGAUAUGCAUUAUGGA